CGCUGCGUAUCUGCAACCCAACUAUCGCUCAAAACAACGCGAGUGGAGCGGGAGCGGUUGAGGAAACGAGCGGAUGUUAUUCGACAUGUAAAUGUCAGAGAGACAUUCGCAGUGUGCCGUGCGGGCCGAGGUGAUCGCGUGAGCAGCCUCGGCAUCGCCUGUAGCUUGAGGUACUUCGACGUUAAGUGAACUCAAGGUCCACCCUGCAUGCCGUGCUUACUAUAUGGGCAUCUCCAGCUUGCUGACUGUUGGUAGAGCAAGUGACAACUGUUGAUAGAGCAGUCUUCUUCACAACCAUCUACUCUACCAUCAUCAACAGUGGCGUGACAUCUCCUUACGACCCAGACGAAACAUGGUCUUAGCCCUCGCAGCUGGCGGUGUAGCCGCCGCAGCAUAUCUCAACGGCAAAUACCAGCUCAGUCGAGAAGUGAAAGGGCUUAUCGACAGCAAAAAAAGCGAACGAGCGUGGGAGCGUCGACUCCAAGCCAACAGGACCGCACCUUGGUACCUCGUAGAAGAGGUGUGCCAACGUCAACCGCACAUUCGCGCCCUCUGGACGCGCGAGCGCAGCUGGACAUAUGACGAGAUGUACUCUACGACCCUGCAAAUGGCGCAGUGGAUGCUGGAGCAAGGCGUGCGGCCGGGCGAUCUGGUGGCGCUGUACCUGCGCAACAGCGCCGAGUUCAUGAUGCUGAUGUUUGCCACUUUUGCUAUUGGGGCGUCGGUGGCGCCGAUCAAUUACAAUCUCGAGGGGAGGGCGUUGAUGCAUUGUUUGACGGUUGUGGAGAGUCGGCUGUUGAUUGUGGAUGCUGACGAAGAGUGUCGAGCGCGCGUGGAAGGGAGUCGAGGGGAGAUGGAGAAGAAGGGCGUUGUGGCUGUUGUUUUGGAUGAUGCGUUAAAGAGAGACUUUGCGGCGAGACCGGUGGUGAAGCCGGAUGAUGCAUUGGCGAGGGGAGUCAAGCCUUCCUUCCCCUAUGUCAUUCUCUUCACCUCCGGCACGACGGGCAUGCCCAAAGCCACGCCCUUCAUCAUCUCUCGUUUCGUUCUGAAUGCCCCGCUCGAACCCUCGUUCGGAGCCAAGCCGGAGGAAGACUGUUGGUACCAACCAAUGCCCCUAUAUCAUGGCACUGGUCUGAUCGUCGGAUCUUACGCCCUACUCUCCGGUAUUGGCCUCGCCAUCCCGUCGCGCUUUUCGGUCUCCCAAUUCUGGCCCGACAUCCAUGACUCCGGCUCGACCUUCUUCGUCUACGUGGGGGAAACAGCGCGCUACCUUCUCGCUGCGCCACCACAUCCCCUAGAUCGAGCACAUCGCAUGAAGCUGGCGUACGGCAACGGGCUGCGGCCCGACGUGUGGGACAAGAUGCGCGAGCGCUUCAACAUCCCCGAGAUCCUCGAGUUCUUCAGCUCGAGCGAGGGCCUCAUGACGCUGCACAACCACGCGCGAAACACAUACCUGAGCGGCUGCGUCGGCCAUCACGGCCUCAUCAAUCGCAUUCGGAACCGCAACUACUUCAUCCCCGUGCGCAUCGACCACGAAACGGGCGACAUUUGGCGGGAUCCGCGCACGGGCUUUGCGCAACGUGUGCCAUACGAGCAGGGCGGGGAGAUUCUCGUGGGCGUCGAGGAUCGGACGGCAUUCGCAGGAUAUUGGAAUAACUCGACCGCAACGGAGAAGCGGUUCGCGACGGACGUGUUCAAACAGGGCGACCUCUACUACCGCAGCGGGGAUGCGUUGCGCCGCGACACUGAUGGCUGCUGGUAUUUCCUCGAUCGACUCGGAGACACGUACCGCUGGCAUUCGGAAAAUGUGUCGACGGCGGAAGUGGCGGAGGUGCUAGGGAGGUAUGGUGGGAUAGCGGAAGCGAAUGUGUAUGGCGUCUUGGUGCCAGGACAUGAGGGACGGGCGGGGUGUGCGGCGAUACAUCUGGAGAGUGGCAGGGGGGAACCCGAUUACGUGGAUCUCGUUCGCUACGCGCGAAAACAACUGCCCGGGUAUGCGGUGCCGGUGUUCCUGCGAGUGGUGAAGCGAAGCUCGCACAUCCACAACCACAAGCAGAACAAGGUGGGUUUGCGCAAGGAAGGGGUGGAUCCGGGGCUGCUGGGCACGGAGGAGAAGGAGGGGAUGGACGAUGGGUUUCUGUGGCGCCAGCCCGGCCAGGAAGGAUAUGUGCCUUUUCGGAAGAGGGAUUGGGAGGGCUUGGUGCAUGGCAAGGUGCGGUUAUAGCCAUCUGACGAGAAUAGGACACACGUGCCACAGUGCCCACAAGGUGAUGUGCCACAUGCUUUUCUUAUCACGCUUUUGAGUGAGGUCCGUGGUGAGGUCCAAGCGGAGGCGUGGCGGUGCAUGGCACAGCUACACGGGACACACACCGUUCUAUUUCCGGCCCGGCAUUGGAUCAAAGCGAGAAUAUGCCUUCGAUAGUUCGUGUUUGACUUUGCCGAUAGAAUGCAGAUAUUGAUGCACAGAUAUUGUCCCAUCUCCACCCCUCCCAUUGAUAGAAGCGACGUGAAGUGAAGUGCAGAGCACACCGCCAGAAUCGUCGAUCCCAAUCCCACCAAGGCGGAGGCUGACAUCCGCCUGCUCCACCGCGUGCGUGCAUUGGCCACACAUAUCGAUAGUGGGAUGUUGUGGGUAUCGAUGGGGCUGGGAUGAAGUCAUGAUGCCGAGGACGGCGAUGGGUUGUUUCAGCUGCUGUUGAACACC